AUGGCGCGCGCGACGGCGCGCGCGUCGACGCGACGCGGCGCGCGCGAGGGACGCGCGAGGGACGGGGAGGGAAACCUCGCGCGCGAAGAUUAUCGGCGUCGUCGGGGGCGCGGACGUCGGCGUCGCGCGGGAACGAUCGGCGGCGCGGCGUCGACGGAGGAGACGACGUCGACGCGCGGGCGCGCGGAGAGCGCGCGAUACGACGACGCGGAGAUACCGCGAGGCGUGGGGAGCGCGACGAAGGCGGAGCUCGCGCGGUGGCUGGAGGGGCGACGCCUGCCGGGGCAAAAGAUGGCGCUGGAGGUGAACCUGGCGGAGGGACGAGGGUUGGUGGCGACGGAGGAGAUCAAGCGGGGAGAGGCGUUGCUCGGGGUGCCCAGGACGACGCUGAUCACGGUGGAGCGAGCGAUCGCGGAGGCGAAGUUGGGGCCGAAGCACGCCGAGCUGCAGGAGUGGAGCGUGCUGGCGACGUUUUUGGCGCAACAGGCGCUGGCGUUGGAGAGCGGGACCGCGGGGACGUUCGGGGAGUACAUCAGGGCGCUGCCUCGACGCACGGGGAGCGUGUUAGAUUGGCCGGAAGAUGAGGUGGAUAAGCUUUUGAAGGGGUCGCCGUCGCGCUUGGCGGCGGCGGAGCGACAGGAUAGCGUCAACGCGGCGAUUGAUGAGAUUCGCUCGUACUUUCCCGAAAUCACGGUCGGAGCGCUUCGAUGGGCGUUCGAUAUUCUUUUCAGUCGUUUGAUUCGUUUGGACGCCAUGGGGGGCGAGCUCGCGCUCGUGCCGUGGGCGGAUAUGUUGAACCACAAGCCGGGGUGCGCGGCGUUCAUCGACUUGAACGGCGACGCCGUCAACCUCACCACCGAUCGAUCGUACGUCAAGGGCGAGCAAGUGUGGGCGUCCUACGGUCAACGACCAUCGAGUGAGCUUUUGAUCUCGUACGGUUUCGCCCCAGAGGUUGGUGAAAACCCAGACGACGAAUACGCCCUCACGCUCGGCGUCGACGUCAACGACCCGCUCGCCGACGCCAAGGCGCAAGUGCUCAGAGAUAUGGGCCUGAGUCCGGUGGAAACGUUCCCGCUUCGCUUGAACGGGUACCCGCGUCAGUUGUUGCAGUACGCGUCCUUCAUUCUUUGUAACCCGGAGAAGCCGAGCGAGCUUAAGGGUUUGGCGCAGUCGGCGUUCACGGGGAGCGCGAACAUCGGGCAGUCGAUUUUCGAUUCGGUGCGCGGCUUGACUAAUGGCAAGGCGCGCGGGAAGCAAGGGGUGAUUUUGGGUGGCGUCGCGGGUGAGAUAGCGGUUCGAGAAAUGCUCGCGGACUUGUGCGCCGAGGCGUUGAGCGCGUACCCGAACACGCUCGAAAAAGACAAGGGUCUGGCUCAAGGGCGCAUGCCCGAUUUCCCCGGCGCCGACGCGUGGACGGGCGUGGCGCCGGACGCGAUCCGGGCGACGCAGCGUUCGGUCUCCGCGGCGCGUGUGCGCGUGUCUGAGCGACGCAUCUUGGCCAAGACCGAUAGUGAAGUGCGUUUGCAGUUGCGCAAAUUGAAACAAAAGUCGUUGAUGGACGACUUCAAGCAGUAG